GCGACCGCUUACUUCCUGUGCCGGUGUUUGCAUAUGUCAAUGUCAGCUAGUGGGUUUUCACAGUAAGGUGCAGACAGACUCAUUUUGUGCAAUAAUAUGGGUACAUCAUUACUAGCAUCACAGCUCAGGUUAAGGACUUUCAACAGAUUGCAAGUAAUUGUGAAGCAUUUGUCCAUGUCGAGUAAUACAGCCUCAAAUGCAGAAGUACUACUGGCAAAAAGUGGCUGUGCGGGAGUGAUCACAUUAAACAGACAAAAGGCCCUGAAUGCUCUAAACCUCAAUAUGAUUCGGCUCAUUUAUCCUCAGCUAAAGCUUUGGGAGGAAGAUCCUGACACGUUUCUAGUGAUUAUUAAAGGUGUUGGAGAAAAAGCAUUUUGUGCUGGAGGUGAUAUAAGAGCGGUUACAGAAGCUGGUAGGACCGGAGAUCGUCUUGCUCAAGACUUUUUCAGAGAAGAAUACAUUCUAAACAAUGCAAUUGGUACCUUGAAGAAACCCUAUGUGGCAUUAAUUGAUGGCAUUACAAUGGGAGGGGGUGUUGGCCUGUCAGUCCAUGGGCAUUUUAGAGUGGCAUCUGAGAAGACUCUCUUUGCAAUGCCAGAGACAGGAAUAGGACUGUUUCCUGAUGUUGGCGGGGGGUAUUUUUUGCCUCGCCUUCCUGGUAAAAUCGGCUUAUAUAUUGCCCUUACUGGGUUUAGACUAAAGGGAAGAGAUGUUCAGAAGGCUGGAAUUGCAACUCACUUUGUGGAGUCAUCAAAGAUUUCAUCUCUUGAGAAAGAUCUUGUCACCUUGAAGUGUCCUUCUAAAGAUGAAGUUGCCAGUGUGCUGGACAGUUAUCAGAAAAAGAGUGAUGCUGUGGAGAAUGAGCCAUUUGUGCUUGCAGAACACCUGGACAAGAUAAACAGUCUGUUCUCUGCAAACAGUGUAGAAGAAAUAUUUGCAAACUUGGAGCAGGAUGGCUCAACAUUUGCUAUGAAACAGUUAGAGACACUUAGAAGAAUGUCACCAACUUCCUUAAAAAUGACCUUCAGACAGCUUAAGGACGGUUCCACUAUGACAUUACAAGAGGUGCUAACCAUGGAGUACAGACUAAGUCAGGCUUGCAUGAGAGGGCAUGAUUUUUAUGAAGGUGUACGUGCUGUGCUGAUUGACAGAGAUCAGAAUGCAAAGUGGAAGCCAGAUUUGUUAGGAGAAGUGACGGAUGACUAUAUAGACAGCUGUUUCUCCUCUCUUGGAAGCAACGACCUCAAGUUGUAAUGAAAUUAGAAAACUACAAAUCUUUGAAUCCCUUCCCAUGUACAUAUUUUAUGUGUAUAAAAUAAAUAGAAUUGCCCAAAA